AUGGCAAGGCGACAGCGGGAUAAAGAUAGGAACUUAAGGCGUGGUUCGGAAAUGCCAAGUUCUCUCCUCUGGCGGUCCCCUGAUGCGUUGCUGAUAUCACACGGUCAUGGCUUGGAAAGGGAAACCCGUCGUCCCAGUAGAGCCAGGGAGAUUUCGGAUCAGGAUGACAGACACGCGUCGUCCUCUAAGAGUAAUAGUAACGCCCCCUGUAGGCCGCAUUCCCCCGACGUAUCCCCAACAGAGGUCCCGACUACCAGCUUUGGAAACCAUAAGAAAGCCCUUGCGAUUCUUGGCGCAUCGGAUGACCCAUCAGUCUCGCAAAUGUUCCUCCAAUACUCAAGCACAAAUGCUCGGAAGCGGUCGCCAUCAUGGACACCACCCGCGUCGUUAAAAACGACGGCGACUCGGGGAACCUUCUUUAACGAUGGUUCUGAUGCGGAGGAAACCUCCCCCCAAUUUCAGCUAGAGGCUGCCCGAACCGAUCCCAGUAAUUCCCCAGAACCCGUCCAUGACGAACAUCGCAGACCGUCCGUUGCUAGCGCCACUACUGUUAGUAGUCAAGGAUCGAAAGGCAGCGGUGGACGAUUCCACAAACGCCUGCGCGGUUUCUUUGGGGAUGAGCAUGGCAGCGCGUCAGAUUCGGCCCUCCCGGAGCGGAGUCUGUCAAACCGGAUUCCUACGUCAUCCGGCAGUCAAUCAAAGGAUAUACCAAACUAUGGAGAUGCACCUGUGUAUCCAGUUCCAGGAGACCCGGAUAUUGAACGCUUUGGUUCCAUGACAGAUGGGGAGCGUGACUCAAAGAAGGAUUCUCGUCUUCCUUUCCACAGACAUCGGCAUGCUCGGAGUAAAGAAGAGAAGCCAUCAGACCCAGGGUCUAACUCGCAACACAUUUGCAGAUCUUCUGACCAUGACAACCACAAACAAGUGUAUAGUAAAGUAAGAGAGGGCACCCUCUCUCCAACUAUCCCCACCGCUCUAGGAGCCCGCUCGAUCAGUCCUUCGCCUAGUUUGCAGGGCGGUAGUGGGCAAGAAUCUCAAGGGACAAGGUCGCCUGGAGGUUCAUCCAACAAGCGAUCAUUUUUUACGAAGAUUCGACGCCAUCCAAAAGCUCCAAUCGGGAGUAGUCUUCGGGGUAUGCCAUCUUCGAAAUCUGCCUACGACGGUGGUGGGAAGGGAUCUAGGUUUUUGAAACGAGAUAUGUCUCCCUCUAGAUGUGGUCGGAAUUCGAGCUUUGAUAGUGUCACCAAUACAAAACCGUGGGAAAGUGUCGAGUCUGACCGCAAAAAGGAGUCUGCGAAGGGGGUAUCCAAGUUCCGCCACCCGCGUUUUCCGUUUGGUCAUGAUACUGGAAAUAAGGAUGACAAAAACCGCCAAGAUAAUUUUGAACAAGAUCGGAUCUGGAAGUUAGAUACUGAUCUGACAAAUCUCUCUGGUAUCGUCGCACAACCUCAACCUUUAUCCCCUACCGAUUGUGGUGGUAUAUAUACCGGAACUCCACUUCCUGAACAUAAGGAAAGAGAAUUCCGCAAUCCCUUUGAACCCUCCAGCACUGGUGACUGGCAUGCUCCAGAGAGCUGGGCUGUGAGGAAAGUUGGGGAUGACAUUUUGUCCCGGCUUCCUGAGCUCACUGAUGAUGGCGGGGCGAUGGUAGAUGACGAAGGGCGACCGUACUGUGUCCGCAUCUUUCGCAUCGACUCUACCUUUACAACUCUUUCCUCUAAUCUGAACACUACCGUGACCGAAAUACUGGAAAUGCUUGGCCGCAAGUCGUUCUUGCAAGAUGAGCUGAAUAACUACGAUAUAGUCGUACGGAAGAAUGACCUUUCAAGAACUCUGGACUACGGGGAGAGGCCGAUUCUCAUGCAAAAGAAAUUGCUCGAGCAGGCUGGAUAUCAACCAUCUGACCGUAUAGCGGAUAUUGGUCGAGAGGACAAUAGUUACCUCUGCUGUUUCACUUUCCUUCCCACAAAACUUUCGGGCUAUUCGAGUCUGGAUGCUGACUUGGGAAUCAACGAGAACCAAAAGUUUAGCCACGUCGACUUGCACGGGCGCAGUCUCAUCACCCUGCCCAUCACGCUCUAUAAAAGGGCGAGUGAGAUCAUAUCCUUGAAUCUUUCGAGAAAUUUAGCCUUGGAUAUUCCGAAGGAUUUUAUUCAAAGCUGCAUCAACCUCCGUGAAUUAAAAUAUAUCGGAAAUGAGGCAUGGCGUCUUCCGGCAAGCUUAAGCUUGGCGACGCGGCUUACAUAUCUAGACGUAUCCAACAAUCGGCUUGAACAGUUGGAUAACGCAGAAUUACACAACCUGCAGGGACUUGUCAGCCUGAAAAUGUCGAAUAAUAACCUCUCGACGCUGCCUGCUUAUUUUGGAGACUUCCCUGCAUUACGAAGCCUGAAUAUUUCUUCCAAUAGUUACCGCACUUUUCCCGAGUGUUUAUACAAUCUGAAGAGUCUCGUUGAUCUUGAUAUCAGCUUCAACAAAAUCUCCGAGUUGUCGGAUAUUGGACGCCUUACGACACUCGAACGGUUAUGGGUGACUAACAAUGGCUUACAUGGCCCGCUGGGUGAGACAUUCAGAGAUCUUGUCAAUCUCAAAGAGAUAGACGCACGAUUCAACAGCAUCACUAGUAUAGAUAACAUCACUCACCUUCCACGACUAGAGCGGUUGUUGAUUGGCCAUAACAGCGUGUCGACAUUUUCAGGCUCUUUCAUGAAGCUGCGCACUCUUGCCCUGGACCAUUGCCCAGUCACCGAGUUUGAUCUCACCAGCCCACUUCCGACUCUCACCUCACUCAACAUCGCGUCAGCCAAACUUAAUCAUUUCGUCACUCUCUCCUCCUAUAUCGGAACCCUCCGAAAACUUGAGCACUUCAGCAUUUCGAAAAAUCCCCUGUCAACUCUUCCGCCGACGAUAGGAUGUCUAACAGAAUUGAAGUGCCUGAACCUACGCGAAUGUAAUCUCAACAAACUCCCUUCUGAACUGUGGUACUGCUGUAAACUGGAGACCCUGAAUGUGUCAUCCAAUGUCCUUGACUCCUUUCCAAAGAUCGCUGGCUCACCUCCUAUUCCUCCAAACGAAUAUCAUGGAAAUGGUACUCCCGCAACCACUCCUGGUCUGGUUUCGCCAAGUCACGAAGAACUUGGAAAGCUGGAGGAUUUCGAAGCCAGACGACCGAGUCAUUCUUCCAGUGGUCUUCUGAGCGUGGGAAGUUCCUCUGCUAAUUCAUCAAAUAGAAAAGGCUCAAUUGUCUCGAUGCCCCAUAACCCGACCGUAAAGAAGUCUUCUGUCGCAUCUCGAGGUGCAACUGAAACCCCAUCCUCGCGCAAGGAUUCAACCUUCUCGCAAAGAAUAUCGUUUACGUUUGCGGGAUCUCUGAAACAACUUUAUCUUGCAGACAAUCGUCUUGAAGACGAUGUAUUUCAACAGUUGGCAUUUUUGGUGGAGAUCCGCAUCUUGAACUUGUCCUAUAACGAGUUGACGGAGAUUCCGCAGGGUCUCCUUAGACGGUGGCAGUACUUGGUGGAGCUGCAUGUCUCAGGAAAUCAACUGAGCGCGCUUCCCUCGGACGACCUUGAAGAAUCGAGUAGUCUAAAGGUAUUGCACAUAAACGGCAAUAAAUUCCAGGUACUUCCUGCGGAGCUCUGUAAGGUGAACCGCCUUGCGAUUUUAGAUGUGGGGAGUAAUUCUCUAAAAUACAAUGUUUCCAACUGGCCGUACGAUUGGAAUUGGAAUUGGAAUCGCAAUUUAAAAUACCUGAAUUUCUCGGGCAACAAGCGAUUUGAGAUCAAACCCAAUACCUCUUAUACUUCUGGGAUUCCUGCCUGCGGACGUCAUCAUCCUUUGUCUGGCUCUCUUGCGUAUGGUAUGGCAGAUAGCCUUGGGCGAAACGAACAUCUAUCAAUAGUUGAUAUGCUUGUUACUCGGUUUCGAGGCAACCAGACGGAGACGGUUCUCGGUUUAUUUGACGGCCAGUCCUCUUCUAGCAGCGGAUCAAGGAUAGCCAAAUACCUUCAAGAGCACUUCACCACAUCGUUUACAGAGGAGUUGAAAAAGCUUCGUCCAUCAGGAGAAACCCCGCUCGAUGCACUGCGGAGGACCUUUUUGGGACUGAACAAGGAUAUUGCUACGGCUGCUCAACGGUCUUCCAUGGAUGAUCGCGAGCUCCAUCAUUUUGAACGUGGGACAACAACAUCUAGCAAGCUACUCACGAAGGAUGACUAUAAUUUAGGAGGCGUAGCGACUGUCCUGUAUCUGCAAAAUAUGGAGUUGUUUGUUGCAAAUGUUGGGGAUGCUCAAGCGGUUCUUGUGCAUUCGAAUGGAGAUUUCAAGUUUUUGACUUGUAACCACGAUCCUGCUGAGGCUUCGGAACGGGAACGUAUACGGGCAGCUGGCGGGUUUGUUUCCCGCAAUGGAAAAUUGAAUGAUAAGCUAUCUGUGUCUCGGGCCUUUGGAUAUUACCCAAUGAUGCCUGCGGUUAUUGCGGCUCCUAGCACCCGGAAAGUUACUUUGACCGCCCAGGACGAAAUGAUAAUCCUUGCGUCAGGCGAGUUGUGGGAGUAUGUUACACCGGACGUUGUUGUUGAUGUUGCAAGAUCUGAACACGGAGACUUGAUGAUUGCCUCUCAGAAGCUUCGUGACUUGGCCAUUGCCUAUGGUGCUACCAACAAAAUCAUGGUGAUGAUUGCCGGUGUCAGUGAUCUUAAACGACGGGGUGAACGUCCCAAGCUCAGAAAUCACAGUAUCUCCAUGGGGCUGUCUCCAUUAACUGAUGAACAUCUCUUCACCACACCAAGCAAGAUCAAGAAACGUGGCAGACCAGGCGACUCCAGGUUAGCACGUUUGGAUCGCGUGGAAGCCCCUACUGGCGAAUUGGCGAUCAUUUUCACUGAUAUUAAGAAAUCCACGUCGCUUUGGGAGACGUAUCCCGUUGCCAUGCGCUCUGCAAUUCAAAUCCAUAAUGAUCUCUUCCGUCGACAGUUGGCUCAGAUAGGCGGAUUUGAGGUGAAAACGGAAGGUGACGCGUUCAUGGUCUCCUUCUCCACGGCCACCGCAGCGUUACUCUGGUGCUUCACUUGCCAAAGCCAACUUCUUGAAGCGGAAUGGCCGACGGAGAUCAUGGAAUCUCCUGCUUGCAGGCCACAGUAUGACUCGGAUGACAACAUCAUAUACCGUGGGCUGUCUGUGCGAAUGGGAGUACACUGGGGAACACCUGUCUGUGAACAAGAUCCUGUUACUGGUCGAAUGGAUUACUUUGGCCCCAUGGUAAACCGUGCCUCCCGCAUUUCCGCAGUUGCGGAUGGUGGGCAAAUCUUCGUUUCAGCCGACUUCGUUGCUGAAAUUCAACGGAAUCUUGAAACAUUUGCGGAUUACGAUCGGAUCGGCUCUAUGGAUUCUUCUGAGGACAACUACAUUGACGACUAUCUCAACCACAAUAUCCGUCGCGAGCUUUAUCAACUAAGCACCCAGGGCUUUGAGGUAAAGGAUAUGGGUGAGCGGAAGCUGAAGGGGCUUGAGAAUCCUGAAUUCGUUUACCUGAUGUAUCCACACUCUCUUGCUGGACGCCUCAACGCUCCACGAGCUGAGAUUGAAGAGGCAGACACACUUCCCAUUCCCUUGGGUCAAGAUAAGCAUCUCAGUAUUGAAGCGGAUCUAGUCUGGCGCCUGUGGACUGUUGCUUUACGUUUGGAAGCAUUUUGCAGUGCCCUGGAAAAUUUUGGAGAGAUUGGUCUUCGGCAGCCGGAGAUGGGCCUGAUUGAUGCAGUCAAGCAGCGCCCUGGGGAACUUUCGGAUGCGGUGGUGUUGAGUCUAAUUGAACAUCAGGUUACGCGGGUCGAGACAUGUGCAAAUACCCUCACAAUCCGGCACAUGAUGAGGCCUUUCAAACGCGGAAACUCUCUGAAAGAUAUCGCCGUCCCCAUGUCGGAUAUUCUCAAUCAGUUGAAGGUGCAGUUGAGCGAAUUUAGAGCUCUAAAGGAGUCAAUAAGUCCCAUCAUCGACUCUCGGGAUCCCCCACAAAGCCUUGCGGUGUUGAAGAGCCCCAUACAGAGCUCGUCAGCCUUAUCUGAUAUUAUGGCCGUUGGUGGUUCUAGUUCUUCGAGCACGGCGUAA